AAUGUAAGCUGUACCAGAAGUGUAAACUGUGCAUCAUGUUUAUGUUUAUUGUAUUCUUAAUCAUUUUUUUGCAAGCACGGGUAUUAGCACUUGACUGCUGCAGAAAUGGCCAGUGUGACAGGUUGAUGCAAGAGAGGAAUAUAACCAGUCUGGACAAAAUAUCUAUUCUUGAAAUAACGCAGUUGAUAAGUGAUAGCGAGGUACCCUGCCGUAGAAAGGAAUUAUUCCCUUUAAAGCAUAAUACAAGUAUAAAGGAGAAUCAGGGAAAACUGAGGCUUUUCUCUCAUAAGUAUAAUCAGAGUAUAGAUCAGUUCUGUACUCUAACUCUGAACAGGAUAAACUAUGCAGUUGGCUGUAGUCCUUGUAAGAGUUCUGCCUGCGUCGAGUUAUGUUGUCCCGUGGGCCACAUUUUUCAGACCUCUCUGAAAAGUGUUCGAAACAGUACGGAUCACAACAGAUGUACCAAAGAGGAACUACUUGCGGAAGGCUUGGAAUUUUACCCAUCCAAAAAGUGUGUUCCAGAUCCCCGAUAUCCAAUUCAAAACACUGAGGAAUUUGAAGUUCUCGGUUUUCAAAAGUUUACUUGUCCUACAGGACAAUUCUUAUCGCAAGAACUUUUUUUUGGUUUUCAACCCGAAACUAGCAGAUUCAACAAAGACGGGCAUCUGGAACUGCUUAAUGAUGGAUUUCUAAACAAUUCGGUUCAUAAUUCAGAAUUUUGCUUAGGGCACAUACUUGAAGAUAAUGGAGAAGUAACCUCUGAAUUCUUAGUGUGCUCCAGUGAGACUACUGGGGACUCCGAGUUUGUCAAGAGGUUUUAUCCUGUAUCCUUGUUCAUUUCCGCAAUGUUUAUGCUCCUCACUAUCUUCAUCUAUAUCUUCUUGGGCAUGUACAAACACAACUACCACAGAAAUACACUGGGAUUCCUAAUCAGCUCAUUUAUCAGUUAUCUCUUUCUGUUCAUUCAAUGGGUAAUUCCAACCGAGGCCUACCUUUACACAACUCCUUGCGCUUUUAUUGGAUAUAUGGUACAGUACACAUUUCUGUCCAUCUUCUUCUGGAUAACAGCAAUGGCUCUGGAUAUCACGAAAAUGGUUCUUGUAGUGCAGACCCCUAAUCAGGCAUCAAACAACAAGCAUUUCUAUAUUUGCGUCCUUAUUGCUCAAGGUUGUCCAGCUGUCGUCUGUAUUGUGACAGCCCUGAUGGACAGCUAUGGCAGCUGUUCUGCUAUUCUACCCUAUAUGGCGGAGUUUCGCUGCUUCCUUGGAUCAGAAAAAGAUGGCAGAAGUUUCUACCAAACUGCUGAGUUUGUUUACUUUCAUGGGAUCGUACUUUUCCUCAUCUGUUUGAACUGUUCCUGUUUUCUGAUAACUAUUGGAUCCUUGAUGAAACACUGGCGAAAUUUGUCUAGAAAUAGAGUUAUGAGUUCCAAUGACAAUAACAAGGCAAUUGAGCGAGUGAAGUUAGUGCUUCGGUUCCUCAUUAUCAUGGGUGUGCCCUGGAUAUUUAUGAUCAUAAGCGCUUUUCUGGAACAUAAUCAGGACAAUAGAAGUGGAAUCGUAAUUACACUGGAUGUUAUUAAUCUGUUUACGGGAAUCAGCCUAUUUGUGACACUGGUUGUGAAAAAGACGAUUUAUGAUCAAUUGAAAAAUAAAUUCAGUUCUUUAUUGACAUCAUCAACAUCAACAACUUCAGAAGGAUUUGCUAUGUGGUUGAGAAAGAAAUCGGUAGAAUCUAUUUUGACCUCUAGAACAGCUGACACUUCCCUACCAACCUCAAGAACAGCUGACACCUCCCUAACAGCCUCUAAAACAGCUGACACUGCAGGCUCAAAAACAACUGACAUGUGUAACCAAUCUGUUAAACAGCUGACACCCCCCCUAACAGCCUCUAACCAGCUGACAUUCCCGUAACUAGAAUAGCUGACACCUCCCUGCCAGCCCUAGUUGAUUAGCUGACAUAUUUCUGCUGAUACUGCCAGAAGUGUUAAAGCCACAACGGAAUUUUAUUUACCUUUCUAAAAAAAAAGCAGUGGUUCUAAAUUUGUCACUUUUAUGUGGAUUAAAGUUUAGAGUGUACGGUUAUGAAUAAUUUCAGUAAUUGUGUAUAUAAUUUGGAUUCAUAUAUGUUUUUAUAUUCAUAUUUUAUUCAAUUGUUUAUUUUUUUGUCUUGUCAGAUUCGUCAUAUGAAUUCUGAAUAUUCAAAAAAGGUGCUCAUGAACUUCAAAUAUAUAUAGGGGAGGGGAGGGGGUUGUCUGACCUUCUUUAUUUCAAGGGACAUAUUUUACUUACAGGGUUACCCAAAACCAUAAGACUAGAAUGAUUAUUUUCUCGAUCAGUCAUUUAUCUUGCAAGAAAAAAUAGGCUUUUGGUUGUGUACUAUUUAAUUUGUCAUAGAAAGAGGCAAAUUCACAAGUUCUGAUUAAAUUCUGAUGAGUUGUAUUUGACGCCACACUAUGGGUUUCCAGCGAACUAAAACUUUCGGGAAAAUUUUCUUUAAUAUUUUACGAAAAUUUUUUCACGAAAUUGAAUUUUAGGAAAGGACGCGAAAACGAUGAGGAAUUUCGUGAAAAAAAAACGCGACAUUCACUUUUUUUCCUACGAACGAAAUUAGAAUUAAUGCGAAAUUUUCUGCAAAAAAAAAAAAA